AUGGAAAUGUCCAACAAUUCGAACGGCUAUGUGCACAAGAAGUUUGCGGCACACAAACGCAAACGAGAUGUGGACCUGAUUUUGGAGCAGAACAAGGAGAACACAACGCUAGACCCGCCACCCUGCAAACGUCGCCAGACGAAAGGUUUCUUUCGCCCCUGGUUAGACAACGAACAGAACAUCGAUGCAGCCGCCAGUAGUCAGCCAGCAGCUGGCUGCACUCAGCAGAAGCCCAGUGCUCCACCAGCUCUUGCCGGCACCUAUCACGCCAACAUGGUUCGCCGUUGCCAGACACCGCGGCAGCGCAGUCCCAAGGAGCAGCAGCGUCGCGAUCGCAACACCUUGGCUUGUCUCUUGAGCCGGCGGGCCAAGCAGGCGCAGGAUGUUCGCUUGUCUCAGCAAUACGAACAAUAUCGUGCGCAGCAGGUUGCCAUAAUGGAACAGCAGGUUCGCUUCAGUCUCUACUAUCGCCAGUUGCUGCAGCAGGCAAUAUUCCAGCAGGGAGUUUCGGCCACGGGCAUUCAACUGCCGCAGCAACAGCAGCAGUUCCUGCAGCAAAUGGCGCUAUCACAGCAACUGCUAAUCUUUGGAUCCCAGCAGUGA